AUGACUCCGUUUUCGCCGUGCGCCUUCCGCAACGGCGGCCUUUGCGACGAUGGCCCGAUCGUCGAGGCCAGCAGGAUCUGGACCAAGAACGUCUGGAGGGCCGUCAAGGAACUCAGCUUGGAACGCGACGUCGGCCCUGCCCUGGCCAAGAAACAUCCGCCGAAGAAGUUCGCGUUGCCUUUCGGGAUCAAGAUCGCCCCCCCGAAGCCCGACUUAGCUGUGGCUGGCCCCAGAGCCGACGUCGGCGACAACACCACCGAUGAGGAGAUGGAGUUGGAUGCUAGGGAGGAGGAGGCCGUAUCCUUGGACGACGACUCGCAGUCGGAGCCCGACGCUCCUGGUGCGAAUUUUCCAGAGGGUGUUCGCGGGUACGACACUGCAGUGACAGGUCGCGCUAAGUGUGGUGUCUGCAAGGGCAAUCUGGAGUUAGGCGCGAGUCCAGAGACUCGCCACGCAGAGUUCGAGUUUGACUUGUCUGAUUCGAACCAGCGCUUCGCUGCGGCUUGGCUCUACGACAUGGGGAAGGGCAGCACGUGCGACAAGGGUGUAGUGGUUAAAUCUCAGGUGAAGGCUCCUAAGGCCCCUAAGCUGAAGGAGUCGAGGUGCAACUUGAAGUUCACAGAUGAAGAGUUGCUCAUCCACCACAUCCAGGCCGUCCUCGGGUUCACCGUGGUCGUGGACCCAGACGAUGGCGUCACUAAGGGCGUGGAGAUACUAGACCACGCUCCUGGCGUGAAGCGCUUCAGGCGGGGCGCGGGCCACUACGCUUCCAAGAGCGAGAAGACGACCUACGACACCGAGGGCGAGGUGGCCGCAGAGGCGCGCAGGAUGGCAGACGAGCACGCCGCGCACCUCGGAGGCGAAGUCAGGUGCAGGUCUGGCGCGCAUGAACCUCGCGCAGAUGGCGUGGUCAUGGACGACGGUGCGCCCGAGGAGGAGGAGGUGAGCACGCCCCCCACGGGCUCGGGCUUGCGUUUUGGCGGCCCACUGGUGCAGGCGGUAUCCGAUGCCCUUCGUGAGGAUGAUGAUGGGCUGGGGCCGCAGGACUCCAUCAGCUGCGUCGGCAGGCAGAGCAGAGCCCCGAGCGGCUCAGCUUCCUUCGACGUGGGGCGCCAGCGCGCCGUAGUCACGCCAGUUGCCGAGGCUUCGCGCGACGGCGGCGAUGGAAUCCCCAAGGCCUCCGACGUGACCAAGCCAAGGAGACACCGUCGCAGCGGGCCACAGCUGGCGAUCGAGAAUGCCAAGGCCAUGCGAGAUAAGCUCGAGCAAAGUCAUUCUUGGGAGAAGCACAUGGAGUCGGCCAGCCGACACCGUGAUUUCAUGGCCUUGAUGAUUCGAACUGGCUCGCUAGCCCGAAAAGCAGGCGAGAUCUCUAGCAACCCAGAGGCGGCUGAGAUCUCUGAUAGCUUGUUCGAGGUGAAGGAGACCCUGGAGGGCAGGCAGCGCUUCUUCGAUAGAUGCAAGGAGGACUUCCCCAGCGUCGUACUCGAGCCUUCUCUGGACGAUAAGGCCCACAUGCUCAUGUCCACGAGGCCAGCGAUGAUGUCCCUGCUGACGACGAACAUGCACUACCUCAUUGGGAACAUAUUCGACAGGGACGUCGGCGACAAGUGCGUGCACGCGUUCGCAGUGGCCUUGAACGCCUUCGACGCGCGCGACGGCCCGCUCCAGACCAGCUUCGGCAUCCUGGGGCGUCUUCGACAGGGCGGCCGAGGCCAGAAGAACGCCACCUUAUCCUUGGCAGACAAGCUGUUGAAGUCCAGCGACGUGAAGCUGAUCGUCGGCGUCAUGCAACUCCUGGACGCGCACCUCCCAUGCAUGACGACUGCCCCCAUCGAGACGGUAGACGUCAAGGCCCUUUUCAAAAUGCUGGAGAAUGGUUGGUAUCCUCAAGCGUGGGUCGACAUGUACACUGUCCGCUCGAUUGGCCUCAUGCUGGCCGCUUCUUUGAAGCAUGAGCCGGGUGACGUUGACAGCAUCGAGAGGUCGAUUCGCCAGAUCUUCAUCAAUGUCGUGGAGAACGCUGCCCAGGUAAGCCCUCGCCUGAAAGCUCAAACCAGAUCGAUCUGCGGCAUGCAAAUGCAACACGGCAAGACGGCUUGGGAUAAGAUGGUGCACAUUCACAGCGAGUUCUCCCGCGUCACAAGCAUGUGCCAGGGCGAGGCUUUCGAGAAGGUGCAGCAGCUGGCUGAGGCUUUUGAGGGGGCGCUGAAGGAAGGCCCUGAGGCUUCCUAUUCCGUGCUGUUCGACGCCAUGGAAGACGUCGACGCUGUGGCGACGAUCAAGCAGCUCGGGGCCGUGUUCGGCGACUGCGCGACGCGCGUCGAGGAUGUGAGCGUGGUCGGCAUGGACGGCGCUGACGUUGAGCACAUGAGGGACAAACAUGUUGGCCUGAUGAGGGACCUCGCGAGAUUGAUGCUUCAUCUCGGCAACGACGUGAUGGCCUUCUGCGAGCAGCAGCAGCUCUCCGUUCUCUUCGAAUAUGUCUUCAGCAAUCGCGAGGCCUCGGAUCUAUACACGUACGGUCUUUCUGACAGGCAGCCUGAUGUCCCAGAUGAAGCUUUGAGUCCACUGGAGUUCCUAGCUUUCCUGACGGAGUUCUUCGCGAUGCUGGUUCCGUUCAAGUUGCCCGACGGUGUUCAAGAACUUCGGAUUGCUUGCGCUUCUGCGGCCUCCAUCGCAGCCGACAUCCACCACGGCAAAGACGCAGUGGAGUCAUUUGACUUUGACGCCGCGGUUGGCUUCUUUGUCAAGGCGCGGACUAAGACCAAGGGUUUCGAUCCAAAGAGUGCUUGCGCCAACCUCCCAUGCCCGAAUGGCGCGGCGGCCGAGACCGCGCGCCACUGGGUCUUGAUUGGAACAAGUUCGGCAGAGAUCUCUGCAUACGUGAAGCUGCUGUACACUAUGGACACGUCCGAUGCUGCGUUCGAGCGUUUGGAGGAGGCGACUGCGAAGCGGGCCAACGGCAAGUCUCCAGGCGGCCUGCUUGACCUCACCAUCACGAUGCAGCUUGCAACCGAAGCUGAGAAGCUCCACCCAACGCUAGUUUCGGUUCGGCCGAACUUCCAACGCAAUAUUGGACAGCUUCGGGCCGACUGGGAUGCGACAUUCAACAGGAUGAUUGGCAAGGUUAACCAGCUCGGCUUGAUGGAACAGUUCGUGCACGCGUACACAGGCAUCUACAAAGCAGGAUGGGCCGAUGAGCAAGCGACCAAGAUCAAGACGUUCAACUACAAGGUGCAGGAGUACGAGGAGAUGUACAACCAAGCAGCGAAGAUCUUGUCUUGCUGCUGCGUGCUCCCCCACGUGAUCGCCCUGGAGACGGCCAAGAUGAACAAGUACAUCUCUGGAACGUUGCGGUACAAGUUCGAGGACUCCCCGCCGAACCUGAAGAAGAAGCUCGCGGCCUCCGACGUGUUUGCCCCUCAUCGGGGCCAGGGCGAGAAGAUGUCCGACGCCGCUGAGACAGUCGAGUCAUCCAGCAUCCAGGCGGCGAGCUCCGCCUCGGUGACGGCGCCCGCUCAGAAGGGCAUCGGCGGGCCCCGCAAGAAGCUGCUUCAGAAGAAGCAGAAGGGAGGCGGUGGAGGUCCUCCGUCUUUGGCCGCCUCCCCGACGCGACUCCCGGACGGUUCCGUCACGCCGCUGCUCCCGCGGCCGCCCUCGAACCCUCUGCCCGCGGGCCCGGCGUCCUCGAGCCCGUGCUGCGGUCGGGCCGAGGUGGAGGCCGGCCCUCGGCCGCACCGCGCGAUCGCCUUCCGCCGCGACCGAUCACACUUCUCUGGAGUGGCCUUCGCGUUCCUCCGCCAGCUCGAGAGGCCUCGCAUGGCGGCUGCGGCGGCCUGCCGCGCCGCGGUCGCCCUCGGCGCCGCGGCCGGCGCCGCCGCCCUCGCGAGGAACGCCGCGGAGGACGGGCGAUUCGAUGGGCCCCCAGAUGGUCUACGCUGGGGACAGCGUGCUCGGCGUGAUGAACCGGAACGGCGUCACGCGGUACAAUCCUGCGAAGGCCAAGAGGUUCCGCAAGAAGAGCGGGUUUUUCUGGCCCGACCCCGGGAACGAGGGCGCUUCCAGGUACAAGGGCGCCGCCGACUUCUCGCAGAAUGUGUCCUGGGGCUGGCACCAUCCGAACGGAGUCUACAACAGCAUCCCAGUCGGAGCUCCCCUCAUCGACGACGAGACGUCCAUCUACCUCGGCUCGGACGACGCCGUCCGGAAGUUUACAGUGAAUGGCGAUCUUGUGUGGAGCUACGGGCCCCGCGGCCAGCUCGCCGCCGCCCCCACCCUCAUCCUGCCCGCAGACCGCAGGCGAGCCGCGAGCACGCAGCAGGAGACGCCGAGGCCGAGGUCGAGCUGAUCCCUGAGUGGCUGAGUCCGCAGCGCGCAGGUCUCGACCCCUCGAGGGGCCGCAUGGUGCCUCGGAGCGCCCUAUAG